GCAGUCACAUCAGAGGAAAACGAAACUUAAGAUUAGCUUAUAAAGGACGUGCUGCCAGCAGCUUGUUCGUGAUUUCUGUUUCCUCUGUGGAUAUCGACGGAUUACUCACUGUCUCUGCGAUAGCCUGUAGUAGCACAGUUAUAAUGCGAUAGGCUUCUAAUCGAGGCGCGAUAAUGAGGACAUUACAUGCCUUUUAAUACGUGGCCGAGCGAUUUAAUCGUGUCUUAGUUCAGUAAGCUGCUGAUAGUGGUCCGGGGCUUCAUGAUGAAAUGCCUCGAAUGUGGCCACAUCUUGAACGAGUCCUUCAAGUUCUGCCCCGAGUGUGGAACUCGGUUGAAUGCACAGCUGAGUGAGUCUGAUGGAAAGUCCCCAGCGAGACCAAGCUAUCACGGAAAAGGAGAGCAAAAGCCACCAGAUCCACUCACCACUAGAGGCUCAUGUUUAGAGCAGUCCACAGAGUCGGCAGAAGACAAUGUGAAGAAAAAGAUUGACCCAAAUCUAGAGGAAGAUGCCAAUGCUGGGACGACUGACAAUGAGAGCUCUGCUAUGGAUGUGGAUGCACCACAAGAUGGUGCCAGUUUGUCUUCUCAAACUGCAAAUGAAGAAAUUUCUACUGUGCCUAUUGAUAAAGCUUCCCAAAGCACACAGUCUUCAUCUCCUACACAUGGCCAUAUCAUGUCCUUUUUCCAGUCUCAGUCCAGUGGCUCAGCAGAGCUACCAGGGAAUGAGUCUAAGAACUUGUCGUCCAGAUGUUUGGAGAGCGGGUGCUCUAGCCAGCUGCCUGCAGAAUCACCCUGCUUGAAGUCUUCUUCUGAAGGAUUCAGACAGAACCCUGCAAAACCCAGCUCCCUCAAGUCCCAGCCCUCUGAAGAGAAUGUUGAGAAGGACAUGGACAGUAGCCCUUCAGAGCCAGAACAUAUGGAACAUAUGCCCAGUCUGAACACAGACUCUGUUCCUGCCAAUUCAUCAUCUACCAGACCAAACAAUGAUUUUCAAUCUGUGCAAAGUGCUCCUUCAGACUCUCCAGCUCCAUUUUUGAUGGACCAAAAUGAAGUCAAGUCACCUCCUAGUGCAACUGAAGCAUUGAAGGAGGAGACCAAUAGUCAGAUACAGUCUUCCUCAUCUGGCACCAUGCCUGCACCAGGUCAUUGUAACAAUCAAGAAGAACCUGACCUUAAAGGCAAAUCUCAUGAAGAGCUUGUGAAUACCACACAGACUGGAAAGCUGGACCCAGAAUCUUCAGUCCCACCACCGCCUUCUGUUAAUCAGACCACUGAAAGCACCACAGAGCCUACAGAUACAUUGCAGUGUACAGAAGGCAAAGGUGAAAAACAGAAUUCUCCUUACAAGAAAAUGUUUGGACCAUACUCUCCUGAGGAACCCCAGGAACUACCUGCAAAACCCAAAGUGGAUCAUGUUGAGAACAAACAGCAAACCAAACACAAAGAGGUCCCAAAUGCAAAUAAAGAAAAAAAGGACCAAAAGAACACCAGAGAGAGCUCAGAAACCCUUAAACAAGCCUCAAGCACAGAGAAGCCUGAGAGAAAAAGUGCUUCUUCAGACCAAAAUGAUGAGGCGCGUUUUCAGCAAAGGUCAUCAAAAGAGAAAAAGGACAGGCAGAACCAGACUUCAAACCCUCAGCAUGAGACCAAAGACAUCACUGUUUUCUUCCAUGCCAUCUUAUCCAAAGACUUUAAAUUAGACCCAUCAAAAGACUUUGUAACCUUAAGGUCAGGAAGCAUAAUGGGGAACUGGAAUCAAGAUAUUUUGAAAAUGGAAAUCACAAGAGACUUAGAACAUGAUGGAUUUAUUGUGCAUGGGAAACUUGAGAUCACCAAAAAGAAUGUUGGGAAGCCUAUUCCUUAUAAAUACGUUGUUUACAAACUAGGCAAAAACACACACCACUGGGAAUAUGAACACAUCUACAAAGACGAUGCGAAGCACUAUGUUAAUCGAUGUCUUUUCAUUCGAGAGAAUCUUUUGACACAACAUGGUGAAUGGCACCAGUAUGAUGACAUAAUAUGUGCAAAGCCUUCAGAGGACAUGUUUGGCAAAGUUAGAAACUUGUUCUGGCAUGGAAAGCCCGAUUCCAAUUUAGUGAAAGGAAGAAACAUAGCAGGAUACGUGAUGUUGGAAACGAUCUAUGACAUCCUCCAUGAGUGGAGUAAUGUAAAUGUGAGAAACUUCUUUGUUCAGCUUGAGCAGUUCUUCACAACAUAUUCAAAUCCCUGUGUAUAUGAAGAGAGAGCAAAACAAUGGACCGCUUUGCAAUAUGGGAAAGCAGAGGUGAAAGACCUUCUCAAAGCUUUCAUACAAAACAAGAUUUCUCAGUUUCAAAUAAACAGUCAUGUCUUCAGUUUUGAUCAGCUGAGAGCAGCUGUCAUUUUGCUGCUGGUUUGCAACAAAUAUGAGUUUAAGUUGGAUCAGUCUGUGAUUCACAAAGUUGGCUGGAUGCUUUGUCUUCCUAAACUGUCAAAGGAAGAAUUUUGUCUAUGCUGGACUAUGUUUUUACAGCCAUUACAAGAGGAAUGUGUUGCACAAGCAGUCAGAACAUUCUGUCAGAUGGCAGUUAACUGCAGAGCAAUCCACUGGAUCUUAAUCAUUCCUUUGCUGCAUUUAUUGGAGGGAGACAUUAAACCUUUUGAGCCAAAUCGACUCUCCCCUGGACAAGACUGUAAUAUCUGGUCAGGGCUUAAAGGAUUCAAAAUGAAUGAUGCCCAUACAGACUCUCAACACACAAGGGGACUGAUAAAAGUCAUGGACGCCCAUAAACACUUGCUUGACAUAGAUCAACUGCUUGCUCGCUCAUGGAUGUGUGCGUUGGGUUUGAAAAACCUAUUUGAAUAUACAGCUAUGAUCCCUGUGGAUACCUCAGAUGUUCUCAUCAUGCUCAGUUUCAGACUUGAUGGCAGAGUGUCAGCUCUGGAUAAUGAGCAGUUGAAGCUGUUAUUUUCACAUCUCAGAAGGAAGAUAAAAGAACAGCACUCCAGGUUUACAGAUACUGAAUAUGCUGAACUCUGCCUGAAAAAGGGUGUCCACCUUUUGGGCACAAUCUGCAAAAAUUACAAAGAACCCUGCCGAUACGAAGUUCCUCUGGAGUGCUUGAAACUUAUUACUGAGAUUAUACAAGGUGUCAGUGAAAAGGAAUCACAGGAGGCCCAGAAAAACACGAAAACAGACAUGUUGUCAGAGAUAAAAAGAAUUGUAAGAGAAUGGCAUCUAAAGACCUUUAGCAAUAGCUUACUGAAAAGCUCACACAGCUAUACCAGUUUCACAAGCAUUCAUGAGAUGGAGGUAUGGAGCAAGCUGAUAGAAAUGCCUUUUGCUAACAAGAAGUUCAGUGCAUCAUGGAGGGAAACGUUCUUAAGCCAGUUUGAAGGAAAACUAAAGCAGGAAAAAGCAGUGCAUCAGAUUGAAAUCUACUGCAAUGAGGUAGAGAACGUGAACAUUAAGUUCCCAGCUUUGUCCUCCUGUAUUGAAAACUGCGCAUUAGAGGCUGUCCACGCCGUUUGUCAGGGCGGCUCUGAGAAUACUUUAUUUGAAAAGCUGAAGAAACAUGACUUGAGCAAAUUUGGGAAGCUGAUGUCUGCAAUUGUACUCAAAGCUUGGCCUAAGAGGAAUGAUGGAGAAUAUCAAGAUGGGGAGGAGCUGGUAGUAAAACAUCUCCUGACAUGGACCACAGCAAAACAAAUCUUUCAGCUGCAAGGUUCAAAUGGGAAACUGAUUGAUCAACUCUCAGAUGAAGCCAGGGAGCAGAUGGGUGUGGCCAGUUCUGCAUUCACCUCUGUUGUGGAAAAGUUUAUCCAUGGAAACAUUACAAUAAAGAUCCUGAAUCAGAUCCUGGAAAGAGAAGAUGCAUUUACUGAGCUUCUGAAAAUUGAUGGUUUGUGUGAUGAUAGCCGAUGCAAACCUGGCAGAGCUGUGAAAACUCUGCUAAGAAGAAGGAAGGACGAAGUUGAGAAUGUCUACCAUGAAAAAGAGAUGGUUGAAUGCCUCCUCACUGUAUGCCAGAGGCUCCAAAAGCACAUCACAGUUGAUUUUGUGGACCUUGAAAAGAAACGCCAAGUUAUCGUGGAGCAGAUGUCUCUGGAUGAUUUCAUGGAAGUUCAUCAGCUUGAUGAAAACACUUCAGAAGUGACAGGAGUUGUCACAUAUUUUAAUCUCUGUGAUAUUACGAGAAAGAUGGCAAAGAGACUACAUGCUUUAAAGGACAGCUAUAUUUUUACCGUGUGCUGGGAGAACCAAGCCAAAAGACUCUCAUACAUCAAGCAAGAUGACGAUGAAACUGAGCCACUGUUGGUGGGGGAUGCUGAGUCAUACUCACUGGAGCGCAUUUACCAAGAAAUAUUCGAGCCUUGCUACAGUCAGUAUGAAAGAAUCUACACAAGUUUGAGAAACGAAACUAUCACGUUCCAGGAGAUCGACAGUGUCUUUGAGGACUACAAGGGCAAAUAUGAGGAAUUCAGAAGAGAACUGGAGAUCAUGUGCAAAAUAAAUCCUAAGGAUGAUGGACGGUGGAUUAAGAGAAGAGUCCGGCAAAUACAACAGUACCAUGAUCUGCACUUCGCAGUAGAAUCAGCUAGAGUGAUCAUGGAUGUCAGGGAGGAUCUGUGCCUUGAAGGAAAUUUCCAGAUCUUGGACAGACUGCUUGAAUUUAGUACAGCUGACUUUAAGGAGGAGAGCCUAGAUCGUAUUGAUGAAAACUUGAUAAAUGCCAAAGAGGUCCUGGCAGACAUAACAGAGGCUCGCAGACUGUGUCUUCAGGAGCUCAGCCAUAGGAGGAACUUUGUUAAGUGGGUUAAAGAGGCACUGAAAGAGAUCAGUCAGCUCAAAGUGUUUGUUGACCUUGCUACAAUCUCUGCUGGGGAGAAUGCUAUGGAUGUCGAUCGUGUGGCCUGUUUCCAUGAUGCUGUACUGGGAUACUCUUCAAUGCUUUAUGGGCUAAGCAUAGAUUCUGACUUUGCUGCAUUUAAGGGAGCUCUGCAAAAACUGUGGCAAGCCCUGGAAAAUGACAGCAACAUAACAAAAAAGCUGAGAGAUACUGCACGAAACUUGGAUUGGCUAAGAACAGUGAAAGAGAGCCAUGGCUCAGUGGAACUUUCCUCCUUGUCCCUUGCCACAGCCAUAAAUGCAAGAGGAGUGUACACCAUCCGUGCCCAAAACCAGAAAAAGAUCAGUAUGGAAACGGCUCUCAGACUGGAUGUCCCUGAGGAACAUGAGGAAGGGCAUGAGAUUCGUUGUUAUUCUUUGGAAGAUGUGAAAGAUCUACAAAACAAACUCAUGCUCAUGUCUGGGAAGGCUGAACAAAACAAUGAAGUGGAACAUUUCACUGAGGUUUUUGACCAUGUUCAGAGACUAGCUGCGACCUUCCUUGAUCUUCUUUCUGCUGGAAAUCCUUUGUUCAGGCAGUGGGAAGCAAAAAUCACCUGCCGUGAUGUAACAUUAAACUCUGAUGAUGUUGGUACCCCUGGAAUCAUUAUGGACUUCAAUUUAAGAAGCAUCGAGGACAAAAUAAUAGUUGAGGGUAAUGCAGUUGAACAACUCCCAGAGCUCUGCAAGAAAAUGGACAAGUACUUAAGUGAAUGGAGGAAGUUCAUAGACAAACAGAGAUCUGAGAACUACUACCUAAACUAUUACACUGCCGAGCAAAUGGUCUAUCUUUGUGAACAGCUCUCUUUGGAAAAUGUUAAUGAAGACUUAGAGGACAGUGCAUUAAUGAUGCUCUCUUUCAUCAACCCCAAAGCUACAUCAUCCAGUGUGUGGAAAAUAUGGAACCUCAUACAUGAAGACUUACAGAAUGUGGGUACAGUAAAUGUUUCUUUCUCUGAGGACAGUUUAAACAAAAGUAUGGAAGAUUUCUCAGAUAAUGAAUUUGGGUUAUGGACUUUAGAUUUAAUCUGGGACAAAUAUGUCACCGACAUGAAGGCCUUUCUCACAGAUACACUGGAUAUAUCAAGUUUAGGGAGACUUCUUGACAGGCUGGGCAGUACUGUGACUGAGGAUGAUGAGGAUGAGGACCAGGAGGAAUUUAUGCCAUUAGACCCCCAUGAAAGACCUAUCAGAAGAGAGCUGCCAAAGGGGCUGGUGCUGGGCCGUCCCAACCUCAUUGUCUGUCCCAGUGAAGAAGUCCUAGCCUCCUGCAUUAGUGUCUACUCAGCCAGUGAAUAUGAGCCACUGCCAACUUAUGAUGAGGUCCUGUUGUGCAGUGCAGACACUCCAUAUGAGCAUGUGGAACUUUUUCUCAGGCGUUGCCUCACCAGAGGGUAUAUGGGAGAGAAGAUCUACUGCCUGCUGUAUGCAGACCUCUUAAGCUAUGACGUCAGUAAUGCUGUGGAGCAGUUGUUUCACAAACUUCUUUCUGCGUCCAAGAAGGAUUACAAACUUGUGAUCAUCUGCAGCUUAGAAAGGGAACAUGCCUAUAUGCCUUCAGCAUUUAGCCAGUUCAAACUGCACAUGGUUCCACGCGAACCCUUACAGAAGAUUCAGGCUUACCUCUCCAGACACUAUACGGUCUCAUCGGAACAGGCUAGUGCUGCUACUGUAUUCAAAGACAAGCAGUGUGUUGGUAUUGUGUCAUCAAAACGAGCAGGAGUCGGUAAAUCCCUGUAUAUUCAGAGGCUUUAUGAAAAGCUUGAAGUGUCUGAAAGACCUGGAUCCUCAUGCCUGAGAUGCAUUCGCUUACUUGAACCCACAGUCAAAGAAAAUGUAAUCCUUGAGUCACUGCUUGACACACCAAACCAAAAUGGGCUUGUGAUCUUCCACUUUGAUGUUACAUCAUCGGUCCGAAAGGGAUUGCAUGAAUUUUUAUUCAAGCUAUUAGUCCUUGGUUAUCUAAUGGAUGCUAAAGGACAAAUGUGGAAACGUAGCAGCCAACACUUGUAUGUCAUUGAGAUGCUUCAACACACAUCUGAACCCCCAAGAUUUGCUCCAAAAGUGCAUUCAAAGCUACCUUUCACCUUCACUGAGGUCUUUCCCAAAGUGCAAUGCAGACCUCCAAAAGAAGUUUUGGAGCUGGAAAUGAAAACAGAAGAUGACCCUAACUUUGAGAUUGAGGACCCACUUAUGGAUGAUGAGUAUUUCAGGAGUGAAGCUUAUCAGAGGCCUUACCAGUAUUUGAGGCGUUUCCAUGAGAGGAUUGAUCUUGACAGCUUCAGCUUCAGUGGAGUUGAAGGUUCCCAUACGGAAUGUCUCCAGAUGUUUUUUAUCUACUGCGGCAUUGUUGAUCCAUCAUGGGCAGAGUUGAGAAAUUUUGUCUGGUUCCUUAAUCUUCAGUUGCAAGACUGUGAAACAUCUGUUUUUUGCAACAUGGACUUUGUCGGAGACACUUUGAGAGGAUUCAAAAACUUUGUGGUUGAAUUCAUGAUACUGAUGGCCAAAGACUUUGCCACACCAUCUUUAAACAUAUCUGAUCAAAGUCCUGGGAGAGAAAACGUAGACCUGAUGGGUGCUAAUGAAGAAGAUCUAGCCCCAUUCCGCAUUAGAAAGAGUUGGGAAUCAGAACCUCAUCCGUACAUCUUUUUCAAUGAAGAUCAUCAGUCAAUGACCUUCAUUGGUUUCCACCUCAAGUUAAAUAAUCAGAAAGGAGUUGAUGCAAUUGAUCCAUCCACAGACAAAGUGAUAAGGAGAAACAUCAUGACGAAGCAGCUCUAUGAUGGUCUCCGGAUUAACCGAGUCCCUUUCAACAUUCCUUUUGAUGAACUACCUAGAGGUGAGAAGAUUGAGCAUUUGUGCAGUGUUCUUGGCGUUAAGUGGCCAUCAGAUCCUGAUGAGACCUACCAGCUUACUAUGGAUAACAUAUUGAAGAUGAUGGCAAUUCACAUGAGAUUCAGGUGUGGCAUUCCGGUCAUUAUCAUGGGGGAAACUGGCUGUGGAAAGACAAGACUUAUCAAAUUCUUGUGUGAGCUGAAAAGAAGUGGGAUCCCUGCAGAGAAUAUGAAGUUGGUAAAAGUGCAUGGCGGCACAACCCCUGAUAUGAUCUAUGCCAAAGUGCAAGAAGCUGAGUCUGUUGCAUAUUCGAACAAAAAGAGACAUAAUCUUGAUUCUGUCAUUUUCUUUGAUGAGGCCAAUACUACUGAGGCAAUCAGUUGUAUAAAGGAAGUGCUUUGUGACAACACAGUGCAAGGGCAUAAACUUAAACCUGACUCUGGACUACAGAUUAUUGCUGCUUGCAAUCCUUACAGAAAGCACUCAGAUGAAAUUAUUGAAAGACUGGAGGAUGCAGGUCUGGGAUACAUAGUGAAAGCUGAUCAAACACAGGACAGACUAGGAUCCAUUCCUCUUCGUCAACUGGUGUACAGAGUUCAUGCAUUGCCCCCAAGUAUGAUUCCUUUGGUGUGGGACUUUGGGCAGCUCAAUGACAACACAGAAAAAAUGUACAUUCAUCAAAUUGUUCAGAGCGUAGUUGAGAACAAUUUGGUCAGUGAGGACUACGUCAAGAUGAUGACUGAUGUCCUUUCUGCAUCUCAGAGAUACAUGAGAAAGAAGAAAGAUGAAUGUAGCUUUGUCAGUUUAAGGGAUGUAGAACGUUGCAUGCAAGUAUUUGUGUGGUUCUACACCAAUUACAAAAUGUUUUUUGAAGAACUGGCAGAGUUCUUGAAGAAAAAGCAGAAAUCAUCAAAGAAUGUUGGUAAAAAGAUCUCCUCAAAUGAUAAAGAUCCAGUUGAAUGGGCUCUGGUGAUGGCAGUGGCAGUGUGCUACCACUCAUGCCUGGAAAAGAAAAAGGAAUUUUGGACCAAACUCUGCAAAUCUUUCCCAAAUUACAACAUUACACAAGUGAUGCAAGAAAUCUUUCUAAUGCAGGAUCUUCUUCUACAUGGUGUGCCCCUUGGUGGAACAAUUGCUAAGAACAAGGCUUUAAAAGAAAACGUGUUCAUGAUGGUAGUGUGCAUUGAACUACGAAUCCCUCUUUUUCUAGUUGGUAAGCCUGGGAGCUCAAAGUCUCUGUCAAAGACCUUAGUUGCGGAUGCAAUGCAAGGCCAGGCUGCCCACUCUGAGUUGUACAGGAAGUUGAAGCAGAUUCAUUUAACAUCCUACCAGUGCAGUCCUCACUCAACUGCCGAAGGAAUCAUCAACACAUUUAAACAAUGUGCCCGUUUUCAAGAAGGCAAAAAUCUAAAAGAGUAUGUCUCUGUUGUUGUGCUAGAUGAAAUAGGCCUGGCAGAGGACUCUCCUAAAAUGCCUCUGAAAACUCUUCACCCAUUGUUGGAAGAAGGUUGCAUUGAUGAUGACCCACUUCCCCAUAAGAAGGUUGGGUUCAUUGGCAUCUCAAACUGGGCUUUGGACCCAGCCAAAAUGAACAGGGGAAUCUUUGUCUCUCGAGGUGACCCAGAUGAGAAUGAACUCAUUGAGACUGCGGUAGGAAUUUGUUCAUCAGAACCAAUGGUUUUGGAGAACAUCAGACAACUUUUUCAUCCAUUGGCAGUUGCUUACUUGCAAAUUUGCAAAAAGCAAGAUAAAGGUUUUUUUGGCCUACGUGAUUACUACAGCUUGAUCAAGAUGCUCUACGCUGUUUCCAAAGCUUCUCAUCCUUCCUCUGAGCAAAUUACUGAAGCAGUGUUGAGAAAUUUCAGUGGCUUGGACAAUGUGGACACUCUGAAAAUCUUCUCCAAAAAUCUGCAUAUUCGAACGGACUUGAGUCACAUCAGUACUGUCGAUCUUGUGGGACAAAACAUUAACAGGAUCGUUCAGGAUGAGGACUGUCGCUACCUGCUUAUCCUAACCAAGAACUUUGCAGGCCUUCAAAUCCUUCAGCAGAAUUUCUUCUCCAACAACAACCUCCCAGAGAUCAUCUUUGGGUCAAGUUUUCCCAAAGAUCAGGAGUACACUCAGGUGUGCAAGAACAUCAACCGUGUGAAAAUCUGCAUGGAAACUGGCCAGACCGUUGUGCUUUUGAACCUUCAAAAUCUCUACGAAAGUCUCUAUGAUGCCUUGAACCAGUACUAUGUUUCUCUUGGGGGUCAAAAAUAUGUGGAUCUUGGUCUUGGCACACACCGUGUGAAAUGCAGAGUCCACAAAGACUUCCGCCUUAUUGUCAUUGAGGAGAAAGAGGUGGUGUACAAACAGUUCCCCAUCCCACUGAUUAACAGACUAGAGAAACACUACCUUGACAUCAACAGUGUACUGAACAGCAGUCAGAGGGAAAUCGUCAGCCUUUUGCAGAAGUGGGUCAAACGUUUUGUGUCCUCAAACAACCAGCAUUGCAGAUCACACAAAUACUUGCCGGCAGACGUUUUCAUUGGCUACCAUUCAGACACAUGUUCAUCUGUUGUUCUGCAAGUGAUGGAUAAAUUGAGAGAUGAGACUGAAGACUUCCAAGACAGAGUGUUGCAGGAAGCCAAGCUUGUCCUACUCAACUGUUCCACUCCAGAUUCAGUGGUGCGCCUGGAAUUUACUGAUUUGCCUGAUGUGGAGACACAACGACUGGCAAAUGCGUACUUUAAGCUCCAGAAACACCGCUCUCUGGCUGAAUUCAUUGCUUCUCACAUUCAGCAAGGACAUAGGAACCAUUGCGUCUUCACAGAGGUUACAACAUUCUCUAGACUGUUGACAGCUGCAGAUACAUGGCAACUCAAGAGCUUCACAGGAAUUAACACCAUUGAUCUUCUCUCAUUGCAACAAUUUGAGACUGAACUGUCCUUCCUCAAACAAAUUAAAGAGUUCCUCAGCGUUCAGUCUGCAGACAAGAUUCUUCUUGUUCAAAUGGAUUUUGGUGAAGAUUCACUGAGUGCAAAUAUUCUUGCAUCAGCCAGGUACUCCUGCAUGAAUGAAAUCAUUCGAUCAAAACAGGUGGGUGAUUGUAGGAUUUAUGUGUACUUCAUCACAAAACUACCACGAAUGGAAGGGGGGACGUCCUACAUUGGAUUUCAGGGAGGACACUGGAUGUCAGUUCACAUUGAUGACCUCAGAAGUUCUCAAGAUAUUGUAUCUGAUGUCCAGAACUUGAAAAACAUAUCAAUUUGUGAUCUUUUUGAGGAAAAUACAAAGCAAACUGAAGAAAUUGGGGUCCAGGAUGCUGAGCUUGCUGAGUUCGAAGAUACUGUAUUGGAGAGCAAGUUUGACACAACAGCACUUGUGCGCAGUUGUGUUCAGAGUGCUGUAAGCAUGCUAAGGGAUCUUGAAGAUGAUGGCAGCCUUAUUACAAGAAGAGUGGACAUCCUGCUCACAUUACUGGAUGACAGUGAAGAACUGAAAGGUAAAUUUAUGGACGCCUUGAAAAAACGCCUUCAUCUCCUGUUGAAAGCACGUGAAGACAGUACUGAUAUGCCCAAGAACUGGGUUUCCAGAGAGGCUGCAAAUAUUGAAGCCCUGCAAGAAGGAGGGACCUUUAAGCAUACUCUGUGGCGGAGAGUACAAACAGUGGUCACUCCCCUCCUGGCUCACUUGAUUUCGGUCAUCGACCGCAACUGCAACCUGAACCUUCUGCUUGAUGACUGUGAGGAUGAAGUCAAGAAUUUAUGGUUUCUCAUAUUUAAAAACCAUUCAGUGUUGGAUAUACCAUAUGUUCAGAUGGGCCAGAACUCAGAGUCACAGACCAUCCCAAUCCAAAGCCAUAUCUCAGCGGGAAGAACCAUGUCCUGCAUCAUGCCCUUCAGCUGGAGGAUCAAAGAUCUGUUAGAUGACCUCUGGGAGCACACCUUGCAGGGGGAGGGUCAAAACAGUAAGCAGUUUGAGGAGGUCUUCAAGAUGACUGUGCUAGGGGAAUAUUUUGCAAGUGUGGACAAAAAAAUGCAGAGGGAAUUUUUCCAAAGAUAUCUUCAAGAUUUCGUUGCUUUGACAAUGAAAGUUUCAAUUGUUGGCGAACAGCAAUUGCUGGGCUCUGCCCUGCUGAGCUGUGUGAAAGAGUUGUGUAGGCGGAGAGGUAGCUCAGUGGACAGUGAGCUGUCUUUGCCGCUAGUCCACUCGGCUUACCAUGAAUUCCAGAAACGUCUGCAGAACUUCUCCAGGAUGAUGUCCAUCCUGCCUGAGGUGGUCCUUUCCUUGCAGGGAAAUCUACAUGUGAUGGAUGCACCCGAGAUGAUUUUAGAUGUGUAUUGCGCUCUUGCCUGUGUGGAGUACCUAGAGCCCCAGGAUUUCAAUGUGGACUUUCAGCGGCAGUCAUGGCUGAAGCAAGUGAAGAAACUGCAGGUCCCCAUUGAGCUGGUCUGCUCAGAGAACAGCAUUAAACAGUAUAGCGAUCGGAGUCGAGAGAUGACGAAGCGCAUCAGCAAUGGCUGGAGACAAAUCUUCACCUUCUCACUGUUUGUGGAGCACAUACAGCUGGGCAUUGAGGCUGAAGAUGAAAGGCUGAAACCUCUGGUUAUGAAGCACUCUCAAAACUUAUGGAAGGUACUUGAGAAAAGCUCAGACAUGAAACUGGAGAAAACCUUUCUGGCUGUAAUUGAAAUACUCAGAUCCUGCAAACAAGGAGCAAGUGACCUCAUAUUCAAGUUUGGCAUCCAGUCGUGUGCUAUAUGCAGAGUAGAGCCCCAAGACCCUGUGGAGUUACCAUGCCAUCAUAUCUUCUGCCAGCCGUGCAUCAGAAGGUGGCUGACCCCAGGCCAGAUGUACUGUGCUUUGUGUACCCAACCAGUACCAGAUGACUUUGAGAUGAAAGUCUCUGAGGAUUUUCGGGCCUGUCUCAAGUUGAACGCCCAGUUCAGACAACGGUGCAAUGCCUUUUUCAUAGACAUAGUGUCCACAGUGUGUUUCAAGGAUAAUUCCCCACCAUCCAGAGGUGUCAUUCUGGACCUGCUUUCCUUCCUCAUGGUUGAGGCAAAGCCAGUCUCCCUAGUUCAAGCACAAAGCCAUAUUCACACCAAAGCCCUGUCACCUUUCGAUGAGUGUGUGGACCGAAAUCCUAUUGUACGCUCUGUGGUGCUUAAACUCCUGCUGAAAUACAGCUUUGAUGAAGUGAAAGAGUACCUCCAGCAGCACUUGGAGAACAUACUACAGAGCAAAAUCUUGGAUGGUGCUGACAAAGCAGAACUCUAUACUUUAUACAUCAAUUGCUUUGAGGAUUCCAUGUUUGAAGGAAAGGAGUUGGGCUCUGAGGCAGGGCAGAAGCAGCAUCUGCAGGAGGGUAGAGACUUCCUGCAUUUCUUCCUCCACGCAGACAGGGUGGCCACAGAGGACGUCUCCAUAGAGACCCUGCAGCAGAUCGCAAGACUGCGUGUGUGCUUGGACAUGGGUGCUCAGCUGCUUGCCACAGUGCCAGGCAGAGGGAGCUUGGAGAAACAUCAGGAGGAGUUCCUGGCCACAGUGAUGGAGCUCUGUGAAGAAAGCAGGAAUGACUGGUACAGAGUGUACCUGAUCAGAAAGAUCUGCAGCCUGCAGGGUGUGGAGGUUGUACAGAACAUGCAGAAGGAUUUCCAGUGGCUUUUCCCACAGGAGAUCUUACAACAGGAAGACACCGGGGGCCAGAUGGACCAGUACUUGGUGUACGGUGAAGAAUAUAAAACUGUACGUGAGGCAGUUGCAAAGGCUGCAAUGGAGGGCACAGUGCAGGGCAUAGACAAGGCCCUUGAGAAGUGUACAUGUGCUCCAAGGAGAAAGGCCUUCUAUCUUCUUCUUGCCCUUUUCAGAGAAGUUACCAUUCUCUUUCGAGUAACCAAUCAGGUCCUCCACCCCAAAACAGAGCAAAGGCGACCUCUUGAGGACUUCAUCCAUGGCUCGCAGUACUUGGUCACCAAUGAGAUGAAAGUGUUUGCUGAAGCUCUGGUGAACAACAGACUGGGUGAUCUGAGUGUUCAUCGGCGUCGCUCUAACACAGAGCACACCCUGAUAGAGCUGGCUGUCCACCUGAAGGCUGUGCUGCUGUGCGGAUCUGAGCAAGUGCUGACUCCCCUUUUACAGCUCGGCCUGUGCCCUUCCACCAUGCAGGCAGCAUUUAUACCCACUAUGCCUGAGGACAUGCUUGCUACAGCACAAAAGGCUCUUGGCAACACGUGGUAUACCUGUCCCAAUGGUCACCCAUGUGUUGUUGACAAGUGUGGCAGGCCAAUGCAGAAGGGCAGAUGUCUGGAGUGUGGAGCUGUGGUGGGAGGGCAGAAUCAUAUGGCUGUACAUGGUUUCAGUCAAGUGAGGCAGCAGGGGGAUCGUACCCAGACAGGCCACAUUCUAGGAGACCCACAAAGAAGAGAUAACCCAGAUGCCCUGGACACCAAAAGCUUGUCUCUAACUCCUUUUACAUUGAUCAGAGUGAUGACCCAUCUAACCAUGCUGCUGGGGUCUUCAGAAGAAGCUCAGUCCCAGUUUAUAGCAAAGAUCAUCCGGCCUCCAGUGCAGGACCCCUGUGAGUUUUUGACACGGCAUCUGGUGAAGGACUUGGAGCAUCUAGGAAUGGCUGUGGGAAAAGGAGUGGAUGACACGGUCACUACUGUUCAUUUGAUGCUCAGCUGGGCCCUGGAGCCUCCUAAGAGUGUUAACUGGCCUGCUGGCUAUGAUAACACCCUCUCAACUAAGGAGGCCAGGAAUGCCUGGGAGAUCACCUUGGCUCAUAACGUUAUCACUCCCAAACUGAAGAAAUUGGAGCGUAAACUAAAAAAGGUGACCACCUGCAUGAGGGGGGAUUCCCGCGUGUCCUCUAACCCCAUCCUGAAGGUGAUGUACGGUGACCCGCGCGUGUUCCUGUCCUCCCUGCCGCAGCAGUCUGUGCUCCACAGCUCUGCCAUGUGGAGCUGCAGGGAGAAAGGCUCUCUGCUCAGUCUCACACACAUCGUCGAGCAGAACGACGGCAAAGACAACUUCCCUCUACUCUGGAGUUUCCUGCAGAAGGAAGCUGAGUUCCGCCUGGUCAGGUUCCUUCCAGACAUACUGGCCCUGCAGAGAAAAUUGGUUAAGAAGUUUCAGAAUCUCCCUGAUUUGUGCAGUGGCACAAUUAGGGAUUUCAUUGACAAACAAACUUCAGCAUCUCAAAAGAGCUGGUAUGAGAAGCGUGUUCACAUCUUCCUGAGUUCAUGGAACCAGCUAAGAACUUCUUUGGCCACUUAUGAGGUGAACGUGCCAGGAGAUUACUGCAGUGUGGAUCUGGAUAAGGGCAGUGAGCUGCAAGUGCUGGUUCCUCGGAGGCAGGGGCCAGGACUGUGUGCUACCGCCCUGCUCAGCUACCUGGUCUCUCUGCAUAACCAAUUGGUCAGCGCAGCGGGCAAACACACCGGAGAGGACAGCAGCUACACGGUGAGCCUGGCUGAAGUGAGCGAGCUGCAUGUGAUCCAGUACGAGGUGGACCGAGACCUGCUCCCACUGGUGCUGGCAAACUGCCAGUACAGUAUGGAGCGUGGCCGGGAAACUCUGUCUGAGUAUGAUCUGCCUAAGAUCCAGCAGCAGAUCCUCGCCCGCUUCUUACAAGGCAAACCCCGCAUCACACUGACCGGAAUCCCAACUCUAGUCAGCAGACAAGACAGAAAUUACGAAAACAUUUUCAAAGACAUAAGAGAAAAAGUGGCUCAGGAGCCCCUGACUUCUCUGAGCUCCUCUGCGCUUGUGACAGAGCUGCAGUCUCUCAGUGACGUCUGUGAGGCAUUGGCGGCCGUUGAGGUCACUCUGGGCUUCCUGUCCAUGACUGGAGAAGAUGAAAACAUGCCUCUGGAGAAGUACUUGGAGGAGAAAUUGCAAAUGGGCAGCCACACUGCUCCUCAUAUCCUGAAGACUCUGGGCAGAUGCUGUCUGAAGCACUGUGUGGCUCUGUGGCAACUGCUUACCUCACUCAAGUCUGAGCAUAUGCUUCGCCUUAAGAGGGACCCAUUUUCAGGAAUCACAGCAGAGUACCAGCAUGCACUUGGUGAAGAGGAGAAAAAGCUGCUGACUGGCUUCCUGUCUAAGAGCAGUGUGGAUACCUGGCUUCUUGAAAUGCACGAGUUCCUGUUGCUGAAACUGAAGAGCCAGCGAGCUUCAGAUACCUUCAGACCAGACUGGAGUCUUAAAGACACCCUGGUCUCCUACAUGGAACGCAAAAAUCUAGAUGUUCCUCUAGAUGUGGAGGAGGCAUUCCCAGACCAGAUCCAGCUGUCCCAGCUAGUGGAAACUUGGAAGUUCACUGUGACCCACAAACAGCAAAGAUAAAGGACCAAAGAUAAAGACACAAUAAUGACAUUCCAUUUAAGCUCAGCUGUGGUUUUACGCACAGUCCAAUUAGGCAAAUCUUUUCACAUCGUGUGCACUUUAACAUGAGAUAU